CAGACUUGCUGAUUUUUCAGUUUCCCUUGUUUUGGUUCAACAUGCCUGCAAUCCUGAAGGGCUGGAUGGACAGAGUCUUGGUCCAAGGCUUUGCUUAUGAUUUGUCAAAGGCUUACGAUGGUGGCUUGCUCCAGGACAAAUUAUCCUUGUUUUCUUUCACCACGGGAGGAAGCAAAGAGAAGUAUGCAAUCAGAGGUGAUAUUCGCUAUCUGCUAUGGCCCAUGCAGCAUGGAAUCAUGCACUUCUGUGGUGUCAAAGUCCUUGAACCUCACAUCUGUUAUGCUCCAGAGAAUGUCUCCGAGGAGAAGAGGAAGGAGAUGCUGACUGCCUGGACCCAGCGUCUGAAGACUCUUUGGAAGGAAGAACCCAUAGAUUGCUCUCCUCAGUGGUAUUUCAAGUAGUGUUCAGGUGUAAGACUACAGAGAAAAGAUGUUUGUUUUUUUCUUAAUUCUUUUUGAUGUUCUAUCUAAAUACAUGAACUCUAACCUCCUAAAUCAAAUAUAUUUUAAGAAACUUGAAUACUACAUCUAGCAGUUUCACUGAUUAUUAUAACAUAGCAUUUAUCUUCACUGAUUCCCAAGGGAUUCCCUUCAAGGACGGGUGCAAAACUCUUUGCGUUGUUCUCCUUGCUCACAUGAACGGUGUCAUUCUGCCUCCUUGUGGAUGAGAACACGUGUGCUAUUUCAUGGCAGAUUAUGCCAUUGCUGCUUGUCAAACAGUGAAGUACAUGGCCAAGUUAAUUUUAUCACUGUUUGUACCAGUUGCCACUUUUUUCCUUUACCAGGGAAUAUGGUGCCCAUACCCAACUUGUCAUUUAAAAGCCACUUGUCAUUGGUUGUGAGAGUUCCAACACUUGUGCCUUGGAGCAAUAAAACCACAUCAUGAGCAGUGUUGCAAAAAAUGCAAAAAACACAUCAUGAAUACAGUUGCAAAGUGUCUUAAACAGCUGGAAAGUCUUGUGGGCAGCCCUAGGCUUUUAGACAUAUUUACAAAGCAAUGUUAAAGCCAUAACAGAUAGCAGAAAAGGGAAAAAAUAAAUGCAAAUUUCGUAUAUUGGUAUAUGCAUGAAUUGCCUUCCUGUGUAGACCACAACUUCCAUUUGUAAAGUAUGCAGUUUCCUAAAAUCAAAGGAACUUCUCUAUUUUGAUUACUCUUUGUAGAGACAAAAUGGAAUCCUGCAUUUUUCCUGCCUUCUCACACCAGCCAUAUGUUCAAGUUUGCUCCUGGAUGAAGUGAAGGGGCACGUCUAGCAGAGACAUUACCCAGGAAGCAGAGCUGCCCCAAGCUGUUGCAGAUGGCUGCUGUGGGGCAUAUGAGCCAAAGUUUCCAGGUUCCAUAAGGGUCCUGCUGUUUCAAUGCCUUGGAAGCCAUCAACUGUGCAGUCACAGUGGGUGCUGAGCCAAGAGGUAUUGUCUUUGUCCUGAUGUGCUUUCAGGGCAUUACACACAGGGCACUGUGCUGGGCUGCACAUGUGUUCUUACACAUGCCUUUCCAAAACUCAGGAGUAUAUUACCACAUAGAAAACCAGCAGAGACUGAUCUGUGGUUAGUAAGGAGAGAGAAAAGAAGUGGCAGUAUUACUUUCUUAGCAGCACUGGAAACGUUAUAGCCAUUUUGAGCUAAAGAAUAAUUGUCCUUCUAAAUCACACUAUGCUAAAAGUCAAGUGUCACCCUGCCAAACCAGCACUGAUUUAAUGAAAAUGAAACUAGAAUUAGGUAACUUGUAGAUGUACUUCAGGCUGGGAAGAAGGGUAUAAAGGACUAUGCUUUCCACUUC